GAGGACACGUGUCUUCAUCAUAGGGCUUUUCAGAAGAGUCCCAUCAAAAGCCCCCCAGCCUUUGAUCUUCUGACACCGAGGACACGCGUUUUAAGGAGACGAAGGGUUUCCCAACUGCCAUCCGUCCUUCAUUAUGGCCUCGAGCAGCUUUCCCCGUCUUGGGAUGUCGUGCGCAUUAAAUGCGCUGUUUUGGUUCUCCCGCCCAAUGAUGACAGUUUCCCCCCUAUAUAAAGGGGGUUCUUCUCUGGUUUCCAUUGUUUUGCCAUUCCGAUCUCUGACCCAGAAUACGCCUUUUCUGAUCUGCUCGCCGGAGUUUUUGUUUCCUCAGCCAUCAUCGACAGCAUCUUCUCUUAAAAUCACAGUCAGUAAACCCAUUGUUGACUCCUGGUCCUUCCGGUGCGAGUCGUUUUCAAAGUUUUUCCUGAAAAACUCCGUUUCCGACGUCUUCUGGUGAGUUUCACAACCUUCUUCUUUAUCGUCCUCCUAGCCUUUUUGUUUUCCGAUUGAACGGUGGUGUCAUCCGGUCGGUACGUCUUGAUUUAAACCCUCGGGGAACUUCCUCAGGUUUUCAAGAGAGAACACCAUUUCCUUCCCUUUCUUUUAGAGAUGCCUCGUCGUCGCCCUGCUCCCGAGAAUCCAUCGGCUGGUCCCUCGGGGUCAGGGAAAUACAAGGUCACAGGCGAGGCGCAGAUCGACAGGUUCAGGGUUAAGUAUGGCAUCCCCCCGAGCGUGGACGU